CAACUGGCCAGGUAUGACGUCAAUCAUGCUAGGGCACGCCCAGUAAUCCCAAAGUGAUUCUCCAGCCUAUCGAGUAGAAUAUAAUGAUCCACGGUAUCAAAUGCAGCACUGAGAUCUAACAGCACUAGAACCGUAGUGGUGUCCAAUAUAUUCUAUUCUAUUCUAUUAUUGUGUUGUAUUUAUAUUGCUGUGGAACUGACGUGAUGAUUGUGCGUUUUGCUCGGACUCUUUUGGGUGAGGCACAAGCUGCAGCAGCUGAGGCGAGACAGACUUUUUUGAGUUAAAGUAAAAAAAAAAAAAUGUGACAGACAAUAUUUUUCAGAUGAAAUAAGCGUAUUUUAGGAACCCGUUAUGAUCGCGCUAGCUGUUAGCUGCUAGUAGAAAAUAGCUUGAUAAAUCGUUGGUGUUUUUUUUUUUUCCUUUAAUUUUUCCUUAGGUUUUGUUGAUUUUCUCAUUUUAUUUACAUUUUAUUGUUAAAAGUUCUCCGUUUGUGAGUGAAAUUUAAAAGCAAAUGGGCGCUUUUAAACUCCUGCUUUGCGAGCUGAAGGUUUGGACUUUAGGAAGGACGAAACUUCAUCAAGGAGCAUCUGGAUGUGGACGAGCACAGUUUUCCUCAUGCAGGCCAAAGGUCUGCAUAGUUGGCAGCGGGCCUGCAGGUUUCUACACAGCACAACAUUUAAUAAAGGCACGCCAAGAGGUUGAGGUGGACAUUUAUGAGCGGCUUCCUGUCCCCUUCGGCCUGGUCAGAUUCGGGGUGGCCCCUGAUCAUCCUGAAGUCAAGAACGUCAUCAACACUUUUACGCACACGGCCAAACAUUCCCGCUGCAGUUUCUAUGGAAAUGUGGACGUUGGGAAGGACGUGAGCGUCGAAGAACUGCGGCAGAACUACCACGCUGUGGUUCUGAGUUAUGGUGCGGAAGGAAACAGGAAGAUGGGAGUACCAGGAGAAGACUUAGCUGGUGUUUACGCUGCCAAAGACUUUGUGGGCUGGUACAACGGACUGCCCAGCUGCCAAGAGUUGUGUCCAGACCUGAGCUGUGAGACGGCAGUCAUCUUGGGACAGGGGAAUGUAGCAUUAGAUGUGGCUAGAAUUCUUCUGUGUCCAGUUGACAUUUUAAAGAAAACUGAUAUUACUCAGCCGGCUCUGGAGGUCCUGGCCGAGAGCCACGUCCGCAACGUCCUGAUCGUGGGCAGGCGAGGACCCACACAAAUUGCUUGCACAAUCAAGGAGCUUCGAGAAAUGGCCACCCUGCCUGGCAUCAGACCUGAGAUGGCAGCAGCUGAUUUUGAGGGUGUUUCAGAAGCUCUUAAAGAUCUUCCGAGGCCGAGGAAGCGUCUGACGGAGCUCCUGCUGAAGACGGCGCUGGAGACUCCUGGAGAAAAGGAGGAGGAGAAGCGGAGCCAGGCCUCCCGCGUCUGGGGUUUUCAGUUCUUCCGAAGCCCCGUGGCGGUCCUGUCUGCUCCUGGUCACCACAGAACCGCCGGCAUCCGCCUGGCAGUGAACAGGCUGGAGGGUUCGGGGGAAGGCGCCCGUGCGGUCCUCACCGGGAAGGUGGAGGAGCUGACCUGCGGCCUGAUUAUUAGCAGCAUUGGGUACCAGAGCCUCCCCAUUGACCCGUCAGUGCCCUUCGACUCGCACCAGGCUGUUGUGCCAAACAUGAACGGUCGCGUGCGAGAUGCUGCAGGUUUGUACUGCAGUGGCUGGCUGAGGACAGGCCCCACUGGGGUGAUAGCCACCACCAUGAACAACGCCUUUGACACUGCACACUCUGUACUCCAGGACGUGGACUCGGGGACUUUGGACGUAUCUGUGACCAAGUCUGGGUCCAAAGGGGUCGUCUCCCUGCUGGAAAACAGAGGAGUGAAGCCUGUCACCUUCUCCGACUGGGAAAAAAUCAACGGUGUGGAGACUAGGAGAGGUGAAGCUGCAGGAAAACCUCGAGAAAAACUGCUCAGCGUGGAGGAGAUGCUGCAAGUGGCCCGAACAUAAACCGAGGCCGACUGCUGUGUAUAAAUAUGUAUGACAACUGAACACAGCUGUUAAUAAAAAUAAUUAAAUAUGACAUCACGGAGCACUCAGCAUGAUGACGAUGAUGAUGGCACUUACUGUUUUUAGUUACCGUGUUAAUCAGGAAGGGACGGACUUGUUCAUUUAUCUGUAUAUUCAUUCAUCCAUUCACUGAGUUUACAGGGUACAAGUUCAGGCUUUCACCAAAGUCUGAGGAAAAGCACUUGAAAGUUGGUUUCAGUCUCAAAAAUACAAAAAAGUAAAUAAGGGGUAAAUUAUGACAUUAAUGCUUUUGCACUGUUUUAACAUGUUUUUAUUGUAUUGUAAAUGUUCGCUGUUUAUUUCAUGUGUUCCACACGUGGUUCCACAUCUUGGCAGGUUUUUUUUAAUGCAGUCUGUGGGCUGAUUUUUGACACUAAUGGACCAAAAACAUAAAUUUGCUGAAAAUUUUGUGAAUGACAGCUGAUUUUAUACGUGU